AUGCAAAAAAAAAAUAGAAAAAGCCACGAAACGUAUGCCAUAAUACCACCCAACGGUGGUUGGGGUUGGGUUGUUGUUGCUAGUGCAUUUUACAUAAACGUCGUCAUUGAUGGCAUACAAUUGACAUUCGGAGUUUUUAUCGAUGAUAUAUCGGAAAAUUUACAUUUGGAUGUACCACAAGUGGCGUUCGCUAAUUCUCUCAUGUUCGGAAUGCAUUUGAUAAUGGGUCCUUUUUGUGCCGGUUUUAGCAGCGUUUUCGGUUUGAGACCCGUAUCGAUAUUCGGAGGUUUGAUAAGUUCUUUGGGAAUCGGAUUGACUUAUUUUGCAAAUGGUUCUUACUACAUGUAUUGUACCUACGGUCUUAUCGGCGGUGUGGGUCUCGGUUUGGUAUACAUGAAUUCAUUAUUAAUCACCGGGUUAUAUUUUACCACUCUUAUGCCGAUAGCCAUUGGCAUCGUGGUAUGCGGUACGGGAGUAGGUACGAUUGUAUUUGCUCUAAUGGAAUAUUAUUUGCUUAGCUUGACCGAUUGGAGAACUUCAUUUUUGGUUCAGGCAUUAUUGACGGCAACUAUGAGCAUUGCAGCAAUUUCAUUUAAACCAAUUAAACCGGUGAGGAUCGAUAUCAUCGAUCAUAAACCUUCAACGUCUAAAUCCUAUAUAAAAAACGAUAGUAAAGGAGGUAAUCAACCGUCAUUUCAUAAAAAAGAAGUUUCCGCACGAAUUUCCGUUUCGAGUUUAAGAUCACUCAAAAGCGCCGUUUGGCAAGGUUAUUUGGAACCUUCCGUCGUUUACGAUUUUAAAAAGAAAGGUUAUUGGGGUUGUAAUUGUUGUACUUCUUGCAAAAAAAAUCCACCGCAACCUAUAAAAAAUCCCGUACUCAUACUCGAGGAUGAAGAAUUUGAUUUGGAUGACAUCGAAGAAGAGGAUGAGGAACAAAAGAGACCAAGUGGAAUAUUAAGUCAAAAACGUGUGACAAUUGAUGAAAAUGUUGAUAUUUUUGUUGAAGAAAAACCUAAAAAAUGUGAUCCACUCCGAAGAACUAUGGUCGCUUCUUUUGAUUGCGGACUAUUAAAAUCUUUUUCAUUUUUUUUAUUUACAAUGAGCGGAGCUUUACAAAUGGGUUCAAUACUCGUUGUUCACACAUACGAAAAAGUACUUUUUGUCGUGAUAUUAGGAGCUUCAAAUACAUUUUGGAGACUUGUUUUAGGAGGUGUCGCAACAAUAAAUAAAGUAAAUCAUGAAUUAAUAGCAAUCGGAGGAAUAAUAAUUGGAGGGGUAGCAACAUUACUUUCUUGUUUUAGUGAAAAUAUUUAUUUUCAAUUUAUUUUUUGUAUUUUUUUCGGACUCGGAAUGGCAAGUUUCGCAGUUUUUCGUAUAGUUAUUUUAUUGGAAUUAGUAGAUGUGUCAAAAGUUGAAAAUGCAACCGGUUUGCUAAUGAAUGUAUAUGACAGUUAUACCGUUAUUUUUGUUAUAACGGGUUCUAUUAUGUGCAUAUCUGGUUUAAUGUUGAUUAAAAUUGGAAAACUUAGAAAAAAAGAAUUAAGAAGACGUGAUACUACCUUUAAUAUUCCUUAA